AUGGAAUACAUGUUAUCUUCUCAGUGUGGAAGGGAUUCGAUCAAUGCAGAACACAUUGGAAGCGUGAAAAGCGUUUCGAAAAUGGUCAAUCACAGCAUGUUUCGUAUGAGGUUAGAGAAUCUUUUGAAUGUGCUUGCGGCGAUUGGGCAUGGAGUGUGCAUGUCCGAAACAUUUUUGAGGAAAUGUUUUAUGAAAAGUAUUUAA